GUUGCUCAGACUUGAGUGAGGAAUGGCGGCUCCUCGCACUUUCUUCAUCUCUCUCUCCGGCUUCUUUCUGCUCUUAUAUGUUCCUGGUGGAUCUACGACCUCGGGCAUCAGGAACCCGAACCAGGAGAAAUGUGGCUUCAAGGUGCAGUCGGGUGCAGACGGAGGUCGCAGGUUGGCCGUCACCUUCAGAGCUGAGAACUGUUCAAUAAACUACCCGCUGGGGAAACAUGUCAUCCACGAGGUCGCCAACGUCUCCUUCAGCCACCUGUCCUGUGACGAUCAGGCCGCUGUGGUGGUCCACUGGUCUCCAAGUCCAUUAGGGAUCGAACACAUUAAAGGCUUCAGAGUUUAUCUGGAGGACAAGAAUCCAGAAGGGAAACAGUGUCAACAUCUCAUCCUCAAAGAUCCACGACAACUCAACUUCUCUCACAAGAGCACGAAGCUGAGCAGUCAGCCGUUCAGCGGUUUGACGUUCGACACCGACUACAUGGUUCGUGUUGUUCCUUUCCCAACUCUGAUGAACGAGAGUUUCUUCCCUCCAUCCUUCCUCAGGACCAAUUCGUGUGAAGUCCUCCUGGGAUCAGACAACUUAGUUUGCAAACCAUUCUGGAAGCCGAAGACCCUGAACGUGUCUCAGCUGGGCGCCAACCUGCACGUGGCGUUCGACCAGGCUCCGCCCUCCUUCGGCUUCCACUUCUACUACCUGUACUACAAACUGAGGCACGACGGACCUUUCAAACUGCAGCGCUGCAAACCGGACGUGAACCAGCUCAGAACUACAUGUAUCGUCCAGAACGUCACUCCAGGAACCUACACUGUAGAGCUGAGAGACGACGGCAACACGACCAGGAGACAGACGCAGUACUAUGUCAGCCAGGUCCACUCCCCCUGGGCGGGGCCUAUCCGUGCCAUGGCCAUCACGGUGCCUCUGGUCUUAAUGUCCGCCUUCGCCACCCUCUUCACCGUCAUGUGUCGCAAGAAACAGCAGGAAAACAUCUACAGCCAGCUGGACGAGGAGAGCAGCGAGUCGUCCAACCAGAGCGCAGCGUUGAACCCGGAGCGGCCGUGGCCUCGACCCAAAGUCUUCAUCUGUUACUCCAACAGAGACUGUCCCAAACACACCAGCGUCAUCCAGAGCUUCGCCUACUUCCUGCAGGACUUCUGCAACUGUGAGGUUGUGUUGGACCUGUGGGAACAUCUGGAGAUGUGUAAAGAGGGUCAGAUGUCGUGGCUCAGCCGCCAGCUGGACGACGCCAACUUCAUCAUCACCGUCUGCUCCAGAGGCCUCCGCUACUAUGUGGAGAAGAAGAGUCGCAGAGGGAAGACGCCCGUCAGUCGCCGUAGCAACAGUAGCAGCAGCGCCCCGAUCUGUGGAUCUGGCAGUGACCUGUUUACGGUGGGCGUGGCCAUGGUCGCUGAAAAGCUGCGCAUGGCGAAGCAGAGUGAAGGCGGGGGGGCGCAGGAGCUGAACCGCUACAUGGCGGUCUACUUCGACUACUCGACAGAAAACGACAUCCCCACCAUGUUGAGUCUGGCUCCCAGGUUCAAGCUGAUGGACCAGCUGCCUCAGCUCUUCAGUCGCCUCCACUCCAGUCAGUCCAGCCUGACCGACCGUGAGCAGCAGCCUCUCAACGUCUCCAGGAGGAACUACUUCAGGAGCAAGUCUGGACGCUCGCUCUACGUCUCCAUCUGCAACAUGCACCAGCACAUCAGCCAGAACCCCGACUGGUUCGAGAAGCAGCUGGCUCCUGCCGCGGCCUCCUCGGCCGCCUCCGGAGUCUCUUCCAAACAUUCUCCUCUCCCCACCGUCCCGGGUUCCAGUCCUCCAAAGACUCCCUGCUCUUCCUCCUCCUCGCCGCCGCCCGAGCGGAGGUUUGACUCCGGUUUGGUGCUGAAUGAGGUGGCGGUGAGGACGCCGUCGCUGGAGGGCGGGAAUGGAGGCCCGAAAAGGAACAUGCUCCUCCUGGCUCCUGGCUCCAGUCCCAGUCUCAAUCUGAGCCCCAAUCCUAGUCCUAGUCCUGGUCUUUGCCCCAGUCCUGGUCUCUGUCCCAGUCCAGGUCUGCCACACUGCUCUGGUUCCCUGCUGGGACCCACUUCAAGGUCCAGCUCUGGAGUGUCUGGACUUUCACCGGAAGAAUCCUCCUCCUCCUCCUCCUCCUCUGCUCCAUCCAUCCUGCAGGAUGGGGUGUUUCCUGGCUCCACCCAGGCAGAAGAAGACCACCCCACCCCUCCAGAGCUCCCCCCUCCUCGGGAUUCAGGCAUCUACGAUUCGUCGGUCCCUUCGUCAGAGCUGUCCAUUCCCCUAAUGGAGGGACUGUCACAUGACCAGGCCGACUCCUCCUCCGUAGCCGACAGUGAAUCGUCCUCUUCGGGCCUGGGUGACGAGGAGCCGUCGGUGGUCACGUCGCUCCACUGCAGCACGGCCACAGUUUGUAAAGCGGAGCUGCACCACCACCACCACCUGGAGCACAGUGAGGGACUCGCUCCUGUGGCCUCGUUGUAGGAGGACGCCUCCCGGCCAAUCACAAGAGGACCCAGCUCCGUGAUGUCGGGACAAAAGAAAACUGUGUUGGUCUCAGACUUGAACCCUUUCACAUAAGUGCUGUCAUCUGAUCGUCAUGGAAACAAAAACUGGAAUAGUUUAAAGGCCAUUUGGAGUUUCUCCUGUUCUUUCAUCAUAGGAAACUGUCACAUUAUAAACCACUUGGUUUCUAGAACAUUAGUCUGUGGUAACUAUGUCAACGCUACCCUGGCAACCAUGGUAACCAGUGAGUGUUUUUUUUAAACUAGUCCUUGGGUAUUAUGGUAACCACUGCAAUCUGCAACACUGGACCAUGGUAACCACUGCAUGUAGAAGACGAGUCCACAGCCUCUAUGGUGAGCAGCUUGUUCUACACCAUUGGCUCCAGAGUUCUACAACAUCAUCGCGCCACAACACUGACAUCGAUGGUUACUAUGACGAUUCCAGAACACCGUGAUAACAGAGGUACAUUUUCAGCCCCAGCGCUCGGUCGCUCUGCCUGGAGGAACCUCACAGGACCUCGUCGAGGGAACCCGCUCAGACCAAAGACUCGAUGUAGCUGAAAGUCUGUCCGGGCACUUUCUGAUGCAGAAACUCAACCGUGGAGAUGUUCCGUGGUAACAACAUCCCUCAGGAUCGAAGCAUCUCCUGAGAUCUGGAACGGCAGCUCCACAACUUUACUAUUGGGGGGGGAACCACAUAUUCUCCAGUGAAUGCUGUCAUAUGUAAUGUACCUUUUUAUUUUAGUGUGGUCAAUAUUAGUUACAGAGUGGAAUUCAGUUUGCAAUAGAACAUUUUAUCAAUAAUCAUAUUAUGAAUACUGAGUUUUUCCUCUAAUAUGUUUUAACAGCAUUAUUUUUUUAAAUGUUUUAAAUGUCGGCUCAGUGUUUGAUGAAGCAACGUGAGGACCACUGCCCGAUCACAAAUCAAACUGUCAGAAGAAACUUGAUCAAUCAAAUCUACAAAAACCUGCUAAGUUUUAUUUUCUCUGCAUGUUAAUUCUCAAAGUCAGAUGCACCUCAAACUCCUUUUGGCAGGUGGAGCCACUCCUUCAACAUUAUAUAUUGAAUACUGUGGUUACAUAUUGUAAAGUAUUGCAUUUAUAGAUCUAUACGUCUUUAAGCUUUGUAAUCGUUUUCUACCAUUGUUGCAGGGACCAGACAGAACGAGGGCUUUUUAAAACUAAACCACUUUAAAAACAACAUUCCUGCCAGAACGAGACAGAAAUAAUCGAGUUUUAAAUCAAAACUUUGAGAUAACACGUCAUAAUUUUGAUUUUUAAAAAGGUCAAAACAGUUAUUCGUCAGUAUUUUUUGAUUAACCAUGAAGAUUCUUAUUUAAUAAUUCCUAACUUUUCAUGUAUUUUUUCUUCACGAUGUAACUUAUCAUCUGUCCCAUCAACACGUUUCUUUCCUGAUCAGCAGCUGCCGUCGUUCACUUCUCUCAUCUGGAGUCAAAGUUUCAUAAAGUAUUUCUGUUCCCGGACACAAACUUUUCCGUUGCUGCUGAAAAACAAAGCGUCUGGUUCAUCAGCAGCUCUCGUUUUAUCGGAAGGGAACAUUCAGCGUUUCCUACUUGUAAAUAUUAUUUGUAUUUUUUUAUUAUAUAGUAUUUUUUCUUUUCUUGGAAAUGUCUUUUGUAUAGUUAGACUGUUAUUUCCUAUUUUUCUACAUUUUCUAUGUACAUGUACUGUUUUAUAGUACCUUUUAAUGUAGAGAAUAAAUAAAUCCAUCUAAUAAAA